AAAUACCGAGUAUUAAAAACAUUUCAUUACCGUAUUUUGCUUUCAUUUCUUAAUUUGUUCUUCUGGUUAGAAGUAACAAUAACCAAAAAAAGCUAACCCUUUUUAUUAUAAAAGCGUAUUUAAUGGGGAGGUCUCGUUCGAGAUCACCUCGUAAAAAAGAAAGAAGACGUUCAAAGAGCAAAGAGAGAUUAGACAAAUUUGGUCGUGAUGUGGGUCGUAGUGAAAGACGUCCUCAGAGAGAUGAACCACGCAAGAAAGAAGAUGUUGUUGCAAGAGAAGAUUUAAGAAAAAGAAAUGAUGAACACUAUAGUGGAGGGAGAGAUUAUUUUGGAAGCACUUAUCAGCCACCAAAAGAUAACGAGCGAUAUGAAAGUGGGUAUCGGCAGCCACCACCACCACCUUUUCCACCUAGUGGAUAUGUCAAUCGGCAUGAGCAAGCUGAACACCUAAGGCAGAGAGGAAAAGAUUUACAACCUGUCGAAGAUGAUGAUGAUGAUGCAAAAAAAAUUCAGCAACUAAUGGGCUUUACUGGUUUUGUCACCACUAAGAACAAGCAUGUGGAGGGUAAUGCUGAUGGUUGUUCAAAGAUUAACAAACCAAGAAAGUUUAGACAAUACAUGAAUCGACGCGGUGGAUUCAAUCGACCACUAGAUUGGGUUCAAUAGGCAAAAAGGAUAAAAUCGUUUCACGUCUUCUCGUCAUAAAAAUGACGUAUACACGUCAUAAAAUAGUCGUCAAAAGAUUAAAAUAUUAGCUCACAUGGCUUCAUUUAAUUUGUGAUCAUAAAUCUUCAUUUAAUGAAGUGAAGCCAUAAAGAAAAAUAUUGAUGAACACUUUUAUUACUAAACUAAUUUUUGACAGUAAUUUAUUUGAUGAAAUAAACUACUUAUAAAUAAA